AUGCGCGCUAGUGUGCGCGUGCACGUGCACACUCGCACACAGCCACACACGCGCGCCCCGCCGGCCCCCGCCUUCCUCUCCACCCCCCGCCCCGCCGGCUCGGGCGGCGGGUGCGGCGCCAAGCGGCGUGCCGGCUCCCCGUGCGAGGGCGGCGGUAAGGUAGCGCGCUGGGAGGACUCGAUAGCGCGGCUGGAGGCAGUCGCCGCCGGCGCGGGCGGCGGCGAGUGCUGGCGCGAGGACGAGGAACGGCGCGCGUGUCGAAGGCGCUGGUGCGGCGGCUGGUGCGGCGCGCACGAUACUAUCCGCGCGGAGAACGGCAAGAGCUACCUCGAGCUGGGCGGCGCGGCGGCGCGCGCCUGUUGCGACGGCCGCGCCGCCGGCCGCUGCGCCUCGCGCCGCUGCUACCGCGAGCGCCGUCUCAAGAUGAUGAACCUGUGCGCGCUCAAGCUGGCGCGCUUUCGCCAGACCGCCGACCCCUCACUGCGCCGCUCCGUGCUCGUGUGCAACACGCUGCGUGGCAUCGAGCGCGAGAUGGAGCGCGAGAGCGCGGAGGAGACGGCUGUGGCGGAGGCGGCCGGCGCCACGCGCUGCGAGGUGCUGGGCGCGCGAGAGCCCGCCGCCGGCCGCGCCACGCCCUUCCCCGCGCCGCCGCCGCCCGACCGCGACUCGGGCUACGGCGACGAGGAGCAGCGCGCCAUCGACUGGGGCUCCGUGCUCAGCCUGUCGUCGCGCUCGGCGCUGGACCCCCCCGAGGACGCGUGGCCCGACGACUGGGGCUGGAGCGAGGACAGCUUCGUGCGCCUGCUGGUGCCCACCAGU